UGCUGCAAACUCACGGCGCCAGGCCGCUCCAGUCCCAGGGACCGAGCUGGGAGCCCACAGCUCACCAUCAUGUGCGAUGAUAACAGAGCCAUUAACUCAGUGCCUUUAAACUCCAGCUCGGUCCCCAACCUCCUGAACUGCUGAGGGGGUUGUGAAUUUUGCUUGUUUUUGUUUUAAAAUUUGUUGUCGUGGGAGAUGGAGAGACCGGAGGCUUGCGAUCCCUACAGGUGCCCAGCCCGGCGGACCCAGUGGAUCGUCAGCGCGCUGGCUUAUCACUACGGGCUGGACCGGGGGGUGGAGAACGAGAUCAUCGUGCUGGCCACGGGGCUGGACCAGUACCUGCAGGAGAUCUUCCACCACCUGGACUGCGAGGGCGAGGGCAGGAUCCCCGGCGAGGACUUCCAGACCCUGUGCGAAAUCCUGGGGCUGGACGAGAGCUCGGAUUCGGAGGAGGGCGCGGGGAUGUUGGAGCAGGUGCCACGGGAGCUCAGCUUCAGGCAGUUCCACGCCAAGCUGUGCGGUCACUUCAGCACCAGGGCCGGCUGCCAGUACGAGACAGGCCGGCUGCUGGUCGCCAAGGAGAGCCAGCACAUCGAGACCCAGAUCCGGCUGAGGAGCCCGCUCAGGCGCCGGAAGAAAGCGGCUGGCACCGACCGACCGCCCGAGGAGAAGGAGCAGAAGAACAAGAAAAGCCCAGCGUCGUCUCCAGGGCAGCGUAGGGGCUUCUCCUGGAAGCAGCACGGUCCCUGCAGCCAGGAAUGCUACGAGGACAUCGUCGCCCUGGAAGAAGCGGAGGACAAGAUCGCGAAGCUCGAGCUGGAGAACGAAAGCCUCCGGGAGCUGGUGGAGGACAUGAGGGCCGCCCUGCAGAGCAGCGAUGCCCGCUCGCUGGCCCUUCAGGUCGGCCUGUGGAAGAGCCACGCCGGCCACGCUUCCCAGCACUGCUUCCUCGCCUGGAGCAGGGCGGCCGCUGAGCGGAACCUCCGCGGCGCCGCCAGCCAGCAGCACAAGGGCCUGCGGAGUGUCCUCAAGGAGAUCGAGUUGAUCCGCAGCUCCAGGGACGGCCAGAUCGAAGAGGCGAUCCGCUUCAACCAGGAGAUGGAGAAGGAGCUGGGCAGGUCGCAGGAGGCUCUGUUGAAGCUGGAGGAGUGCAACAGGAACCUGAGGAAGGAGCAGCUGCAGAUGAGGAAAAGGGUCGAACAGGCGCGCCAAGCCUUGUUGGGGAGCCUCGAGAAAGUGAAAAAUCUGGAGACGAGAGCGAAACAAGUUCCAUUGUUACAAAGGAGUGUGGCACAGUUGGAAUCAGAACUGCAAUAUUACAGAUCAGAGGUCCGAAAGCUUCAAUUCCUGCAGCCAAAUGCUUCAGAACGGAGGCCCCCUCUUGCAUUGUAUGAGUGGAAGGCUUGUCCACCUGUGCACCAGGAGCAACGAUCCCCAACAGGCGAUACAGAAACACCAACUUACAAUGUUGAAGAGCAGCUGUUUCGUUCAGUAGAGGGACAGGCAGCCUCGGAUGAAGAAGAUGAGAAGUGGACUGAAGAUCAGAAGAGUCAGGUGAAGGAAUUGAAGAAACUUCUGACCAGACUUUGUUGCUGUGGGAAUGGUUGUGAUGAUAAGACUAUUAAGAAGCUACUGUCAGAAUUUGGGAACAUAAGGAGUGAUGAAAGCAAUAGCGCAAUUCUAGAACUGGUUGAGAAAGUGGCAAAAUUAAAGGAGCAACUGGAAUUAAAGGAAUAUAAAACGCAGCAAAUGGAAACGAGCAUGGAUCAGCUGAAAGGGUCCUUACUGUGUGAGUUACAGCGGAAAGUAGAUGAGACAGAGUUGCUUCAGAUGGAGCUGCAGAUGUUAGAGACAGAGAGAGUGCGACUGUCACUAAUUGAAGAAAAGCUGAUGGAUGUAUUACAGCUCCUCCAGCAGCUACGUGACCUUAAUGUGUCUAGGAGAUCACUAGGAAAAAUCUUGCUCAGCACUUUGGAGUCCUGCAGUAACCCUCAACAUGGAAAGGCUCAUAUCCUGGAGGUUUUGAAUGCCCUGUAUCGUGAACUUGCUGCCUGCGAGCUUCUAUCUGGAAAGCCUUUGGAAAAUACACAGAGUCAUCAAUCCCUCGUGAAUCCACUGCUUAUAUCAUGCUGAUGACCUGCAGACUGGCUUUUCCUUGUUAAUCAUCGAGCACUUCAACAUUUCCUAUAUAUCUACAAUUCCAAAGCAAACUUGUUAAAAUGAGAUGUGGCGCCUUAUUUAACAUAAUGUUAAACUUGUCACCUAAAUUAAGUUGCUUCAGUAGACAGACUCUAUAUGGUGUUUGUUUUUAAUGGUUAAUCUUUAGUAUUUGAAGAUGCAAGUGCUCAAGAUUUAUUCAUGAAAUUGCAUUUGACAAAUGCAGUGGUUCAACAGAAAUAGUUGUGUCUUUCAAUACUAUUACAUGAACCACAGAAGUAUUAAAAUAAGGAAGUCCUCAAUGUCGGUUAGAAUUUAUAAUAGAACAUGCCACAUUAGAUUAAAUGGAUCAGACUAUGUGACAAAAGUAAGUUCAGUAGAAUUAAUUAUCAAUAGAAAAGCAGCUGUGAAAUGAAAUGUUGCAGCCAUAAUCUAGGUACAUUAUGGCAUGCAUCAGUCAAAACUGAGAACAACAUAUUUUUUAAAUAUCAGGUAAAUGCUGAUAGUCCAAUUGUUAUUAUUACAGCAUUGUAUAUAAAUAUAUAUAUUUAUUCCUAUGCCAUAUUAUGCAAGGAAACAUAUGUGGCGAAUUUGAAGAAUGGCAUAGCUCUGAUUUAGUAAUAUUACAAGUUAUUCAUAUGCUUUUAAGUAGCUGCAACUAACAUUUGCAGUUUGUAAGCAGAAAAAAGCAAACUCCAAGCCACAAAGAUAAUUUUGAUUCCAGCAGGUAUUUCCAUUGAUCCUGGUAGCCAACAAAGGUUAAAUUAAUUGACACCGCAUCAGUAUGAUGUGAUCUCUGGAACUGAAAUCAUGUAACAAGUCUGUACUGCACUGUUGUUCCUGAUACUUCUCCAUGGUUGCUGUGAAUUUGUCAAAAAAAUUAAGGGAGCUUUGUGCCUGAUGGUGUGAAUAACCAAGCAUUAAGGCACAACCACAACUUCUGCCUCCAAACAAUUCAGCUAAUGGCAGGUUGCCUUCACAGUUUUAUUUUGGCAACAAACAGUGACUGAGACUGGCUCCAGAGUGACUGCACAGUCUGUCUGAAGCUAAAGCUUAUGGGUGCUUGGCCCUACUCAUGGCUUAAUUCCCCAAAUGAACUAGUGAACAGCCCAUCUGAUUGCUUACAAAGAUAUGUUCAGACAUUUGCAAAGCGUAACGUUUGUAGACAAAAUUAACUAACACUUAGUUGGCUUGUCCUGAACUUGGGCCAGUAUAUUCCGUGGUUUACCUUCAGGAGUAUGGUUGAAAGCUGUAUAUUAAAGGAUUUGUACUAACAAAGAGGAAGUCUGAAAUAGAAAGUCCUUGGUUGAAAACAUAGACAAGACUUAAGAAUGUUGAAAGGAGUAGUUUAUAUGUGCAAAGUGGCAGUUGGUUUGUGUACACUACCAAUCAAACCUCAAGAUACAUUUCUAAAAUGAAGCCUGUGUUUAUAUUAACAUCAGAGAAAAUGGACAGAUGCAAACAUAUUGCCAACUGCAUUAUCUGCCUUGCACUUUGAGAGUGAGACAAAACAUAUCCAGGCCUUUAUUUUAUAUCUGUGUGACUUUUGAAAUAAAUGCAACAGCUUUUGUUUUCGCUGUCAUGUUGGAUCAUUGUUUGCAGUGGGUAUUGUCAGUUUGAAUUAGCCUUUCUUGUCACGUGCACUCCCAAUGAGUGCAGUGAAAUGUUUGUAAUGUCGCCUCUCAGCGCCAUCUUAGUUACAGGGUACCUAGGUUCAGGAUACUUAAGUAUGUGUUACAGACUUGAGAGAUUCACAAAUAAAAGUUCAGCAUAAGAAUAAAGGGAAAGAAGCUUUACUUUGAAAAGUACUUGUCUUUUAACAAACUCUGUGCCAGUUUUCAGACAGCCAGGCCAAGUGUAUAAGACAUACUGGGCAUCAAUCCUGGAGGCCUCACUUGCAGUCCCCAAGGGACUUGCCACCUCCCACACUGGCCUGUCCUGGGCCUCACCUCUGGGACUCGCCUGGACUUGCUACUACCACACCGGCCUGUCCUGGGCCUCACCUCUGGAACUCACCUGGACUUGCUACUACCACACCGGCCUGUCCUGGGCCUCACCUCUGGGACUCGCCUGGACUUGCUACUGCCACACUGGCCUGUCCUGGGCCUUGCCUGUGGGACUCACUGGGCUCGCUGCCCUCGUGCCGGCCCUCUUCGGUCUGUGGCAAGAUCCAAAUCCAGUCUCCAUAGAAAACAGAAGUGGUAAUAGAUAUAUGGUAGACACAUUAGAUAUCUCCAAUAUCACUUCCACAACAAUAGAAAAAAUGGAUUUAUUUUCUUUGGAUUAAGUUCAGGGAAUUUCAUGCAAGACACUGCAGUAUGUCAUGGUGACUACACUCAACAAGGUAACUGUGAAAAAUCAGCAUGCUGCCAAUAGCAUUGUUUGCUUGUUAUCCUUUUCAUUUCCUAACUCCCUGUCUAUGCUUUCCUUACUUUAAAUAUUUUAUUGACAGCCACAUUUUACUUUUUGCCCUCUGAGGAAGAAAGAUGCUAAAACUUAAGUAACUAGGUAGAAUAUGACCAUUAGUUUGCCUAUUUUACAGCCAAAAAAUGGAUGAACAGAGGGCCAAUAUCAGGGACCAAAAUCCUGUGCUCCAAAGAGACUUCAAAAUAAUUUUUGGUUCUGUCAUUUUACAGGUGUACAGGCUAGCUACCUAAAACCAACAUUAGGCUCCAUGCCUAUGCUAAUAAGGAUAUUAAAACAAGGACCCUUCCAAGAUAUUGAGUUGCCGUUGGCACAGUAAUCUUUUCUUAGGUAUGUUGUAGAACCAACAGAAGCGAGAGUGCUUCACAGCACUACCAAGAUGUACUGCUAGCUCUCUUUCAUCCCUCUUCCUAUUGUUCAGUCACAGGAACACAACGUAUGUGCAGGAGUAGAACAUAUUGCCUGUCAACCUUCUUCUGCCAUUAAAUAUGAUCAUGGCUGAUCGUUAGAUUCAACUUCCCACCACACUCCUGUGACUUACCCGAGAGUCACUACCUGUGAGGCAUGUGGCCUUAAAUUGUUCCAUUGAUAAUGGGUGAGUUUCCUCUCAAGUACAACAUAUAUCAUAACUCCCAAUAACAAUGUUAAUACAAUCUGAAACCCACUAUCAGGCUGACCUCCAGGCUUCUCGUUUGGAGUGGAUGCUUCAUGAACAUUUGGUCUGUAAGCAGAUCAAAGAAGAAAUUCACUUUCUUCACCCUAACCCUAGUAAUGACUCCUUUUUGAUGUCAGUAUAGGCUGUAUUUUACUGGUGGAGAAAAACUGAACUUGCUGGAAAUUUUCAACACAUAGGCAGCAUUUGUGGCAUAAUUGGUACAUUAUGUCUGACUUGGAGAAAAGUGUGUCAUACACAUUGGCAGGUCAAAUGUGAAAAAUAUCUGAGCGUUUUAGUGUAUUAACCACUCAUAGUUCAUGUUCAAUGCCUAGAACUAUAGCUAAAGUGAACAGUGUUCUAGAAUAUAUCAUUACAGGACACGGGCCAGCAUUGUGAUUCAGGGAUUAACACUGCUGUCUCACAGUGCCAGGAACCCAGGUCCAAUUCCACCCUUGGGUGACAUCUG